AUGCCCUUUCUCUUUUCCUAUGUCUGCGACUUGCUGCAACGCCUAGAGGACAACCGUUUCGCUCGCGCGGGACUGAAAACUGACACCAACAUCAUUCAAGAGUGGUUCAGAGCACAACGCGGUUUGCUCUACCGCGACGACCAUAACAGCGCUGCUUUCAUCUCGGCUCUCCUGCCAGACAAGAGGACGGACCGAGUCUACUUCAUCCGGGAAAAGAAGCUCCAGAUUAUCAUCGGCCGUGCGCUUGGCCUAGGUCGAUCCCGCAUUGCAGAGCUGGGGAGAUGGAGCAACCCUGAGGCCCGCGCUGACUUGGCGGACUGUGUUGAGAGUAUUCUCAAGCAGACCCCAAAUCCUGUCUCUCCUGCCCACCGGCCUGUCACCGUAGAGGAGAUUGACCAGGUCCUCCACAGCCUCGCUGCCGCCUGCCGCUUCAGUUCGCCUGCUGUACGCAGCUCGGCCCCUGACUAUUGUCCAGCGGACCAGGAGCUCUCCCUCGGCGACUUAUACCGGCGACUGUCUGCCAGAGAUGCCAAGUGGCUCACCCGGCUGAUCCUGAAGAACUACGAGCCUGUCAUUCUUGAGCCGCACGUUGUCUGCCUGAGCUAUCACCCUCUCCUCCCUUGUAUUCUCAAAGUACAAGACAAUUUGGCUGUUGCUGGGCGCAUUCUGGACACGCUGCGGCGUGAUCGGACCGUCACUGGAGGGAGUGAGCUUGCUGAGUAUCUCAAGCCCAUCCUUGGGGUCAAAGUCGGUCGUCAAACAUGGCUCAAGGGCCGGAGCAUCAAGCACUGUUUGUCCAUGCUACAAGGACGGGUUAGCUGUGAGGAGAAAAUGGAUGGCGAAUAUUGCCAAAUUCACAUUGACCUCAGCAAAGGCUACGACUGCAUCCAGAUCUUUUCAAAGAGUGGCAAGGACAGUACUAAGGAUCGCAUGGCCUUGCAUAACUCCAUCCGGCAGUCACUGCAGCUUGGACAGCCGUCCUGCCCUUUGAAGAGCGGCUGCAUCCUAGAAGGCGAACUUGUUGUCUACAGUGACAAGCAUUCUCGGAUCCUGGACUUCCACAAGAUCAGGAAGCAUGUCACGAGAUCCGGCUCGUUUCUGGGGACAGACAAAGACUCACAGCCUCACCCCUGGGAGCACCUCAUGGUUGUCUACUACGACCUGCUCAUGGUGGACAACGAGUCUCUCCUUGCGGUCAAGCAUUCAGAGCGGUUCCGGCGGCUUAGGAAUCUCAUUACCCAGGUCCCCGGCCGAUCCGCUCUAGUGAAGCGAGAAAUAAUUGACUGCACCAGACACUCGGCUGUCGCCGAUCUGCGCCGAACCUUUGCAAAGUGCAUCACCGCUCGUGGAGAAGGACUGGUCCUCAAAGCAGACGAACCUUAUUUCGACUUUGCUACCCAGUGCCGACCUUACAGCUGCUGCGCCAUCAAACUGAAGAAGGAGUACAUUGGCUGCUUCGGAGACAUUGGCGACUUUGCUGUCGUUGGCGCUCGCUUCGAUGCCGCCAAAGCCCGCACAUACGACAUUCCGAGAGUCAAAUGGACCCAUUUCUAUGUGGGGUGUCUCGAAAACAAGGACGAAGUGAAGCGGUUUGGGAAGCAGCCACGGUUUGUCGUCACGAGUGUUGUCGAGCUCAACGCAACGCAGCUCGACACCUUCAUGUCCUCAGUCAACCCAGAGUCCGUCCGGCCGGAGGAUAACACGGCAAUAUCUCUUCGCAUCGAACCCGGGGUAGAUAAUGGAAAGCGCCCCUCGGCGAUUUUCCCCGCACCCCCGGUGUUCGACAUCCGGUGCUUCUCGUUUGACAAGGAAGGCAACACAGGUUUCUGGAGCCCUCGAUUUCCGGCAGUCGCUAAGAUUCAUUGCGACCGAACCUAUCACGACGUCAUCUCGUUCGCAGAGCUGCAGGAAAUGGCGGCCAGAGAAAAGGAGGCGCCUGUCCCUGAAGACAGCCAAGAGCUAUUGGGUUGGAUCGCAACGUUGGAGACAUUGGAGCCACAUGCCACCGUCGAUACAACAAGCCAGUCCACUGUCUCCAUGACCACAAUGUCAACGCAGUCACCGCAAUUGCUGAGACGAAGUGCUCAGCCGGAUCACCCUGCUCUGACCUCACCGACGAGGAGACUCAGGACGAUCCAACCAAUUCGCGCCCCGCCUGCUGGCGGGCAGUUGACUCCUCCGACAUCCUCCGAAACCCAUAUGCCCGGCUCGACAUCUCCCGAUACAAUGGACAAGCAGGAUAGAGCGCCAUCCACCCGGAAGAGAUCAUUCGACUCGUCAGCGCAGAGUACGAUACUUGAGAGAAUUAAAUUUCGAAGGUGCUCAACCGACCACGCUGAUUUCACCGCUCGCUUGCCCGACAGAAACAGAACCCAAGUUACAGAAAAACAGCAACAGUCGCUCCCGGUUACUGUGGCGGGUACAUCACGCCGCAAUACCCAAAAAACACCCUCCAGGCCCGGCCCGUCCAGUUCCGUCUCGAUGCACCAGCAGGACUCUGGGGACAAGCAGCUCGACGUGCAGAAAUGCACGUCAUUCCACGGACGCCCGUCCCAAUCGUUCUCUGCUGCAAUUUCUGUAGCCCGGACGAACAGCAGUCCUUCGACACACCAGUCAGUUGACGAACCUACCGAGUUGAACACUGCCGCUGCAAAGUGCCCUCUGUUCCCCGACACUUGCAGAAUCGCAGCGUACUCAAUCUUGCUCUCGCCAUGCGUCGCUGACUUCCCCUGGGUCACGGAUGACCUGCUCUCGUGCCACGGCGUGGCCGAGUUCUUACGCGACCCCAAGGAAUGGUUCAACGGCCAUCGAGACGACACGGCUAAUCAAAACAGCACUUGCUACGGCCGAAAGAAACUCGUCCUCGUCGACGCCCGGCGCAAGGAGGCUACGGUGGCGUUUCUGCAGUCGAUCGAGGCAGCUCGCCUGAGGCGCGACCACGGCGAGCGCGAGUAUGUCCCUGUCUAUCACUGGAAGGUUCUUGAGGCGAUUCGGGAGGAGGAGUUGAAGUUUUCCAGUAAUAAUUGGGAGCUCGGCAGCCAGUUUAGCCUGAACGGCUCGUCGAGUUUAUGGAGGCGGUUUUGGGUUGGAUUGGCCUAG